AUGGCAGUGAGAGAGGUGAGGGAUGAACUGGACAUAGAUAAACUGACUGACAGAAGGGACAACAUCUCACUGCAAGGCACAGUGACUAUCACCACAGCUGCAAAAGAAGUAGAAGAAGAAGGAGAUAUGAUAAUAGAAGUGAUGCUUCUGCAGCUCAUUGACACCACUGUCUCUGCCUUCAACCUGGCUUUCUUAGCAGUCACAGAGACCGCCGCCGCAUCAUAA